AUGAAAAACUUACGUAUCGUUUUACCUCAUGUUGGUCUUGUUAUAUUAUCAGCCGCUUAUACCCUUCUUGGAGCAGCUAUUUUUCAUCAUUUGGAGGUCCCGUCUGAGAUUGAAAUUCGCAAUAGAACAUCACAGCAAAUUGGUUACUUAAAAUUAAAACUAAUUGAUGAACUAAUGGAUGUUGUGCGAUCUCAGAACGUUUCAACAGAUGAUAUAUAUGAUAAAUUUUCAAUGAUUACCGUUGAAGGAAUAAAUACAAUAAUUCGUAAUGUGUCGGUAGCUUAUACAAAAAACUAUAUGACUGCUGACGAUAUUAUUGAAGGAGAUGGACCGAUCAAAUGGUCUUUCAGUUCUAGUGUAUUUUUUUCAUGGACAGCAAUUACCACCAUCGGAUAUGGUCAUAUUGUACCACGAACUCCCGAAGGACGUGUUGCCUGUCUUUUAUAUACACUUUUGGGUAAUGCUAAACUACUGCUAUUAAUUUUUUUUUCAAAAAAAAAAAGUUUUUUUAGAAAAAACAAACAACAACCAAGGAAAUCUGGCUCUGGUGCCGAUCUGUUAAGCACACAAAGAAAGUUGUUGAGGAGGCGAAGAGCAAACCAUGUAGAUAAUCUAUCUGAUGCAGGAACCUUUGAAGGUAUUUCUGAAAUCCAUUCUCAGGACGAUGCUGAAACGUCAACAGCUGAUACUCAUGCUCGAGCCGACGACCUGGAAGGUUUUGACGGUUUCCAAAAUGAAAGACGAGUAUCGGUGCUUUUUGUGCUUGUCAUCAUGAUCGGGUAUACCGCAGGUGGCGCAUUUUUAAUGAAACUAUGGGAGAAUUGGGAAUUUAUGGAUUCCUUCUAUUUUUGUUUUGUAACUGUGACAACUAUAGGUUUUGGCGAUAUUGUGCCUCAAAAUGUGGACCUAUUUCCGGCCACUUUAGCUUACAUAAUAUUUGGUCUUAUCAUUACCACAAUGUGUAUAGACUUGGUUGGAAGUGCAUAUAUUCAUGAUAUUCAUUUUUAUGGCCGAAGUAUUGGUCGAAGAUUUAUGACAAUUGGUGGAAAAGUAGUACAUUUAGGAGAGGUAUUUGGUUAUAUUGCAUUUUUACAAAAAAAUUAUGGUUUAACGCCGGAACAAUUAGAUAAGCUAUCAAAACUGCCUGAACAAUAUUUGUUAGACUGUAUGAUCAGCGGAAAGCAACCAGAUAUGAAUCGAAUAGGUAUACGACCAUAUGUGCCACCAGAUAUAUAUUUCUUUAAAUGGAUAGAACAUCCUCGAACAUUAUCGUUGGCAUCUGAACGUGUAAUGGCCAGUAUGGAAUCAUUAGAUUUAAAUACCAGUCGUUGUAGUACAGCGCGAACGUUAACACCACGGGAAUAUUAUCAAAAAAUUUUAUUGCAAUACUGCAAACAGGUUCAGCCAGACGAACAACUGCCUGCAAUUGAUGCAAAUGAAACUAAUGAAAAUCCAGAAGCUUAG